AUGAGCCUAACAACUCCCUCUGCCUGGGACUUUGGCGAUGACAUAUCCCCAAAAUCAAACCUUUUCCCGGACCUAGGGACUAUCCAGUCCUUUCUCGACAUGUCCAACCCAAUAUUCACACCAUCUUCUUCUUCAUCAUCGUCCUCUUUGCCUCAUCAACAAAACCCACAUACUACAUUGCAAACUCAUUUGGCUUCAAAAUUCCCAUCUUCCAGCAAUACUAACAACAACAACCACUUGACGCCCCAAAUACCACCAAAACAACAUCAACUUCAUCAACUUCAUCACCAACAUCAUCUUAUCCAAAAUCAACAUAAUAAUAACACUAUUAAUAUCCAAAACUCUUGUCACAAUAAUGAUAUAAACAAUAAUUUGCGAGUACCAAACUGGGAAGACUCCCUUCCAACUCAGCUUUGGAAAAUGUACUCAAAAGCUAGAGCUCAACUGCCAUUCCAAAAACGAAUGGAAAACCUAACUUGGCGACUCAUGGCAAUUCGUUUCGACAAUGCCGCUGCAGAAAACGCAGCUGCUGUCACAACCUCCACUUUGGAAAACUCCGGAUUCAUUAAUAACAAUAGUAAUAAUACUAACAUGCUCUUGCAUAGUCCGGGAACUUCAAACAUUUCUAAUGCUGCAACUACAGCAGUGAUUGCCAACGAUUCCAUUAUGCAAUUAGUCAACAUGGAUCCAACUCACUCUUACCCACAAAUGACUCCAAUGGAAAUGGAUUCUUGGGACUCCCAUAACGCUGACGCUUUCAUCAACACUUUCUCUCCUAUGGACUCUUCUGGGUCUCGAUUCAUCAAUUUGGCUGCUGAAGAUACUAAUCUUAACACUCCCGUUUCUUCCACCAUCAAUUCUCCGGCAUCAUUCAUGCCAUCGCCAAACAAUACUGCAAAUAUGGGUCUUUCUUCAACCCCUUCUUCUUCUGCCUUCCCUCAGCGAUCUCCAGCUCCGAUGACAAAACAAUUUCCACAAGAUGUUCCUUCUCAACAACAGCAACCGCAACAGCAACAGCAACCGCAACAUCAGCUACAGCAGCAACAGCAACAGCAACAGCAACAGCAACAGCAACAGCAACAGCAACAGCAACAACAACAACAACAACAACAACGACAACGACCAGCUCCUCUUCGCAAUACAAUCAUCCAGCAACAACAACUCUCCGGAAGCUUCCCAGGUGCAAAUAAUCUUCGCAGUAAUCACUCUUCUCCCAAACAACCCCAAAAUAUGGUCUCCUCUCCUGUGGCUAAUAAGAAAGAAUUUGAUUAUGCAACUCAUAUCAAAAAAAUCACAGACGGAUAUUCAGGUGACCGAUUCCGUAAAAUGCCUGCCUCUCCACUCUCUGCAAAUGGCUUUUCCAAACCAGGAGAUCCCGAUCACACUGGCAACAAUAACAAUAAUGCCAACACUCCUUACCAAAAUGGAACUAGCCCUCAUGAUUCUACCUGGAUCUCAAGCAGACAACAACAACAACAACAACAGCAUCAACAACCUUUAAAUAUUUACCAGAACAACUCAAACAAUAAUAACGCUCUUAAUACUCCAUCUCCUGCUGCUAUGAAUACCCCAGGAAGCGCCACAAACAACUCAUUUCGUUUCUCUCUUGAUCCUUUGGCAGUAGAAGGUCUCGAUAAUAAUCUUGUUGCAGAGUCUCAAUCCACAGACUCACCACAGGACUUUGCCUUUAAGUCCCUGCUUUCCCCUGGUGCCAACACAGGGCCUUCAUCUCUCGACUCAUCUGCCUAUAAUCAAAAUGGUUCCGAUCUAGCAUCAGCCGUUGCCGAAGCCGUGUCCUCUGUUGCAAAUCUUAUUGCAAGUGCAUCCACGGCAGUUAAUACCAGUGUCACCAAUGGUAAUACCCCCAUGGACCAGCAGCAGCAGCAGCAACAACAGACUAACGGCGGCAAUAAUGGUCCGAACAAUAAUAAUAAUAACAACAACAAUAAUAACAACAACAAUAAUAACAAUAAUAACAAUAAUAACAAUAAUAACAAUAAUAACAAUAAUAACAAUAACAACCAUAUCCGAACAUAUACUGGUGGCUCUGACAUGCACGAAUCGUUGUCGCUAUCUUCAUCUUACACUUCUCUUAAUGAACUUUAUUCGCCUCAUGCCAUGUCCUUUUCUACAACCAGCGGUGCAUCUACUCCAAUGUAUUCCACUUCAGCCCGCGAAACCGGGUUUAUGGAUUCGGUCGUCACUGGCCAUUCUGGUGCGCGUUACGGCGCCUCCCGUGGCCAUUCCAUGUCUGUCAUGAACUUGUCUGAAAAAAUCAAAGAAGAGGGAUUCAAGCGCCAGCAACAUUUUCAGCAACAUUUUCAGCAACAGCAACAGCAACAGCAGCAACAAUCGCAGCACACUAAACAGCAGCGAGGACAGCAGCAACAACAACAACAAAUGUCGUCAUUUUCUAAUGCACUUGAUACAACUUCUUUUUCUGCUCUACAAAACAUGAUUCCAAACAACACCGCUACAUCGCCCUCCAUGAGCUCCCAGUUUGGUUCCAAGAAUAUUCAUAGUAAAGUCGCAGACAAGGCGCCAAUGUCUAGUGCUGCUCAGAAACAACUGCCAGGCCAUCAAAAUAUCCACCAAAAGCAUCUUUCCCAACAACAACAACAACAACAACAGGACAAUCAAACCCGCUCGCCGUUUGGAUUCCCCCAGCAUAUUCAGCCAUCGCAAAUCUUUUCAGACCAACAGCAACGUGUUGAAAACCUAACUACGCAGUCUGCCAAGUUCUCUUUUGGCGACUCAGACCUUUAUACCAAGUUUUCGGACGUGUUUGGCAUGCAUGAGUCUUUUGCAGUUGAUGAUUCAAGCAUGCUUAUGGACUCGACGGCCUCCCACAAUCCAAAUUCGUCAGCAGCUUCAUCGCCGGUUCUUUCAGUCAACAUGAUGAGCAGCAACAGCAGCACACCCCAAGCUAUUUCUAUACCUCUGGGUGCUAACAAUAGCAAUGCUCUUCAUGAUGGCUCUUCGCCACUGCUAUCCAAUCCCAAGCUGUUAUCAUCUAGCGUUCCUGUCACGUUUGGCACUGUUUCUAAUAAUAAUGGCGAUACUGGUGCAGUUAAUGUCCACCGCACCAAAAUUGCACGCACUGCAUCCACAACCAAUGCCUCUAGCCUAUACUCGAAGCAACAGCAACAGCAGCAGCAGCAGCAGGCAGGCUCCAGUGGAAUUGCGCCCAAGAUCACGACUUCUGCAAGUGCCACAAACAUUAAGAUGCUGGCAAAUAGUGGGUCUUCUACAAAUAUUUCUGGUCUUAACCGUCGCACUAGCAAAAACGGCGGAAACAGCCGGGCAGUAAAUGUUUCUGCAACAGGUUCAACAGCACGGCGUGGAAACUUUAAACUUGACAGUACGUCGCCUUCUUCUGAUAGUGAUAGUACUUCAAUACCAACGCCAGGUGCUAAGAAGGAUGAGAAAGAAAAGACUCCGUCAACAAGUUCAAGCAAUAAUAAUAACAGCAGCAGCAGUGGUAAUACUAGCGGAAACGGUUCCUCAUCGACCUCAUCAACGCCUACAUCGUGCACUAAUUGCGGUACCCAAACAACACCUCUUUGGCGCCGUAACCCUGCCGGCCAACCAUUGUGCAAUGCCUGUGGUCUUUUCCUUAAGCUUCACGGUGUCGUGCGGCCACUAUCUCUUAAAACAGACGUGAUCAAAAAACGCAAGCGAUCGCUGGCAGGAAACGCAGCAGCUGCUGCAAAUGCAGCUGGUGCCGCCAAUGGAUCUAGCAGUGGGUCUUCGCCGGAUGGUGCAACUCCAACCACAGGCCGUAAAGCCGGGUCUCGGCGCGGGUCUGUGGCUAACGGGACUUCUGGGCCACAUAACAUUGAGGGUGGAGUGCCGACCAAGAGUCGGUCGCGGCGCGGGUCGUCGACACGCAACAGUGCAAACAAUAGUGCAAGCAACGUAAGUGCCAGUAGUGGUGCAGCGUCCAAUGCCGGGUCUGCAGGGAACACUCCUGGAUCAAGUGGUGGUGCUGGAGUUACGGACUCACCAUCUACAAUGCUUACACUUUCAGUUUCAUCUGCAUCGCUUGCGCGAAUCUCGGCGCUAGCCGGGGCUUCUACUAACACUGCAAAUGGUCCGUCUACCACUUCGUCAAGUCCUGGUGGGGCUGGCGCAUCACCACUCAGUUCUGGAAUAGGUCAAGGAACAAGUGCAGUAGCAUCUUCCAAAUCGCGGCCCACAUCAGCCUCUGCAGCUGUUUCUAAGAGUAACAACAACGCGAUGCGUGGAGUUCCUCUUGCUAAACAGUUGUCUACAGGAAGCACAGGUGCUGGAGCAGGAGCUCGCAUGGGUGGACUUGAUCGUGUAGCAGAGAUUCCUUCGGCUGUACUUCAGCUACAACAACAGGGAGUUGCGUUAUCACCCCAAGGUUCUAUGCUUGGUGUGGGAUCACCUGCAGCUCCCCAACAGCAGCAGCAGCAACAACAACAACAACAACAACAACAACAACAACAACAACAGCCUCUUCAGCAGCAGUCACUGCCACAGCCUCCUCAGCAGCCGCAACAACAAUCUGGCGGGGCUCGUCCUAAUAAGGAAGGUAGUUCUCAAUGGGAAUGGUUGACAAUGUCGUUAUGA